UUAUUAUCUUAUUUUGAAAUUAUUGCUAUUUGCUUCGUCUGGUUAAAGGAAGCCAGCCGUUCACUCCGACCUCCUCCACCACCACCAUUCGGCUCUCUCGCCUCCAAAUCCAUGGAUGCAAUUACAACCACUUCCGUCCUCUACUCCAAUUUCGUUUUACUCUCUUCGAAACCCUACCCUUCUCUCCGCUCCCAUCUCCGCUGGUACACUCCAUCAAGCUCCCACGUUUCCCGCCAAAACCUCAAGCUCAACGUCUCCACCUUUGAUUCCACUUCCGUGGCCGUCCCGGCGGCUGAUACCCUCUCCGCGGGUGGGAAUUUUGGUGAGAAGUUUGAUUGGUAUGCCCAUUGGUAUCCAGUGGCGCCAGUGCGCGAUCUCGACAAGCGGGCGCCGCGCGCGGUAAGGGUGCUGGGGAUAGACCUCGUGGUGUGGUGGGACAGGGAGGGGGAUCAGUGGAGAGUGUUCGAUGAUAGAUGUCCCCAUCGCCUCGCGCCGCUCUCGGAGGGGCGGAUUGAUAGUUGGGGUCGCCUGCAAUGCGUUUACCAUGGCUGGUGCUUUGACGGGGCUGGAAGCUGCAAGAUCAUUCCUCAGGCUCCGGAAAAUGGCCCUCAGGUUCAUACAUCUAGUAAAGCUUGUGCAACUAGUUACCCUUGCUGCGUACAGAAUAAAAUAUUGUGGUUUUGGCCAAGGUCUGAGCCUCAGCACAAAGAUAUUUUGAGCAAGAGUAAGCCUCCUAGUGUCUCAGAGCUUGACGACUUAUCAUACACUUGCAAUAUGGGGAUGCGUGAUAUGCCCUACGGGUAUGAAGUUCUGAUAGAAAAUCUGAUGGACCCUGCUCAUGUACCAUAUGCACACCAUAAAAUACUGAGAAUUCCGGAGCGUCCACCAUCGCUUACCAGAGAUCGAGAAGGAGGGAUUCCGUUGGAUAUAACAAUUGAGAAAUUUCAUAUCAACGGCUACCUUGCAAAGCAACAAUUUGGAUAUGGCAAAUUUGUCGCCCCUUGCCUGUAUUAUUCUUCACCGCCCUCAGGUUCAAGUAAUGGAUCCGUUUCAUCUUCAAAUAGCCAAACGAUGCCCACACAUAGUUUUCUCAAGCGCCAGCGGAGAGCUCUUCUCGUUUUCUUUUGCAUUCCUGUUAGUCCUGGAAGAAGCAGAGUAAUUUUUGUCUUUCCAAGAAAUUUUUCUUUGUGGAUUGAUCUAAUUGUUCCACGUUGGAUUUUUCAUGUGGGACAAAAUUUGGUUCUUGAUUCCGAUCUGCACCUUCUACAUCUAGAGGAGCGCAAGAUAGCUGAGAUUGGCCCAUCCAAUUGGCAAAAAGCUUGUUUUGUGCCCACGAAAUCGGAUGCAAAAGUCACUGCUUUCAGAAAAUGGUUAAGAAGAUAUUCAAACAGCCAGAUUCACUGGCCAAAUAAGUUCGGGAACUUUCUUCCUCCAACUCCCCCCAAAGAGCAGCUUUUGGACAGGUAUUGGUCGCAUGUUGUGCACUGCAGCAGCUGUAGUUUGGCUUUAAAGCGGCUGAGAAUUCUGGAGUUUUCUCUUCCAGUUGUUUCAGUGGCGUUGAUUGGCUUAGUGGCUGCUGCCAAACAAGAAGUGAUGCUUCUGUCAACAAGAACUGCACUCGUCGCCAUGGCCUUGGUCUGCUUUGCAGCUUCCAGGUGGCUCUCUCACUUCAUCUACAAAACAUUUUAUUUCCAUGACUACAACCAUGCUUUCGUCUGAUGCAGAACCUUCAAUUACCUCGUAUCUCUUUUUCAAAGAUCAAGUAUUAUUUGUGCAUAAAAUAUAACAGUAUUGUUAAAAUAAAAAUGAUAGGAAUAUAUGCAAAAGGAAAAUGAAGUUUUCUGUAUGGCUAAGAAGUGUCUGACUUGGACACUUAAUAAAUUGAUUAUUGGGGAUAAUACAAACAGAGCUCUUAAGAAAAUAGCUUUGUUCAUGUGAGAUUAGGCGGUGGCCUGGGAACUAGCAAAAAAAAAGAUCAAACACAGUUUUUUGG